AUGCAAUACGGCAAGCCCGGUGAGCGGCCGGCUUCCGACGAACGCAUUCGUGCUCUGCCCCUGCCAGACGAGGACCCUCUUUUCGGUGCCAGUGGACCUUUGCUCACGUGCUGGCAUCCCUUGAGCUGA